GAGACACCACGUGACUGCGUGUUGUCGUUUGAACCAGGUCACACAUGACUGCGUGUGUCAAACCGCCGUACCUCUGUGCACAUAACUGUAUGCUAUCCGGUUGUGUGCACACGUUCGACUUCUGGCCUACAGUUGACGAGACUUAUGUCCCUUUCGAGAAGUGAAGCUUGUUUUAGACUUGUCUCCACCUGAAAUGAAAUGAGCAAGAUUUGCCUCUUCUAAUGAGUGACAACUCCCCAUAUUCGUGUGUGUGUGGCGAGCUCGUGAUUAGUAUGCGAGAGAUGACGAGUCUUGAUGAAAUCACUAGGCUUGUCAGCUCAGGGGACAGCGACUUGAAGGGGCACCACAAACAUGGGCUGACCGUGCUGACCACGGCUGUCUUCGCUGUUGGCGAGAUGGCAGGGUCAGGGGUGCUGGCGCUGCCCUCAGCCUUGAAGGGCACAGGCUACAUCGGCAUCCUGCUGAACGUGCUGUGUGCCCUUGUGUCGGCCUAUACCGGCAUGCUGCUGGGUAAGUGCUGGCUGAUGGUGAUGAACAGGUACGAGGAAUAUCAGGAGGAGACACGAUACCCGUACCCGGCUAUAGGACAGGUGACUUUUGGGAAACCUGGCAGGCUGAUCGUGUCGUGCGCCAUCAACUUCACCCUGUUUGGUGUGUCCGUGGUGUUCCUGCUUCUGUCCUCCCAGAACAUCCAGUCCCUGGUCAAGGACGCCGGCAGAGACAUCUCCUUCUGCUACUGGCUCAUCAUCGUGGCUGGGGCGCUGCUGCCCCUCACCUGGCUGGGGACGCCCAAAGAUUUUUGGCCUAUAGCAGUGGGUGCCGUGGUAGCCACCAGCAUCGCCUGCUGUGUUGUACUGGCCAACAUCAUCAUGGACGGCCAUGACGGUCCCCCAGCAUUCUACCCCAACAUCGAGUUCAAGGGAUUUUUCUUCGCGUUCGGCACCAUCUGUUUCGCCUUUGGUGGCCAUCCAGCCUUCCCAACGUUCCAGGCGGACAUGAAGAAUCCAGAGAAGUUUGGGCGAGCCAUCUUCAUCUCGUAUUUGAUCGUGUUACUGAUGUAUCUGCCCGUUGCCGUAAGCGGCUACGUGGUCUACGGUAUAAACACGCAGGACAAUGUCCUGCAGAGCGUCUCCCAGGGUCCUAUGCUGUACGUCGUCGAGAUCCUCAUCACCCUUCACCUCAUCUGCAGCUUCAUCAUCGUCAUCAACCCCGUGUGUCAGGAGUGUGAGGAGCUGCUCAAUAUACCCACCGGUUUCGGCUACAAGCGAGUUAUAUUUAGAACCUUGAUGAUGGGGGUCACCCUGUUCGUGGCCGAGUCAGUGCCUCACUUCGGCGCCAUCUUGUCUCUGGUCGGUGGCUCGACUACCACGCUGCUGGCCUACGUGCUCCCACCUGUCUUCUACCUGAAGCUCUGCUCCAUGGAGGGAAGCUGGGACAAAGUAGAGGCCCCUCUCCACGAGAAGGUCGCCUGUUUUGAGAUCAUCGCCAUAGGAACCAUAGCAGGCGUGGCCUCCACCUACUCGGCCGUGGCAUCUCUGGCAUCAAGCAGCUUCUCUCAACCCUGUUACCUGUAGUGUCGUCUCAACGGUGUUACCUGUAGUGUCGUCUCAACCAUGUUACCUAUAGUGUCGUCUCAACCGUGUUACCUGUAGUGUCGUCUCAACCAUGUUACCUAUAGUGUCGUCUCAACCAUGUUACCUGUAGUGUCGUCUCAACACUGUUACCUGUAGUGUCGUCUCAACCAUGUUACCUGUAGUGUCGUCUCAACCAUGUUACCUAUAGUGUCGUCUCAACCCUGUUACCUGUAGUGUCAUCUCAACCAUGUUACCUGUAGUGUCCUCUCAACACUGUUACCUGUAGUGUCGUCUCAACCAUGUUACCUGUAGUGUCGUCUCAACCAUGUUACCUAUAGUGUCGUCUCAACCCUGUUACCUGUAGUGUCGCCUCAACCCUGUUACCUGUAGUGUCAUCUCAACCAUGUUACCUGUAGUGUCGUCUCAACCAUGUUACCUGUAGUGUCGCCUCAACCCUGUUACCUGUAGUGUCAUCUCAACCAUGUUACCUGUAGUGUCGCCUCAACCAUGUUACCUGUAGUGUCGCCUCAACCCUGUUACCUGUAGUGUCAUCUCAACCAUGUUACCUGUAGUGUCGUCUCAACCAUGUUACCUGUAGUGUCGUCCCAACCCUGUUACCUGUAGUGUCGUCUCAACCGUGUUACCUGUAGUGUCGUGUCAACCCUGUUACCUGUAGUGUUGCUGGCACAGAACACCUGUUCGGGUCCGGAAUAAAAGCCGACACGAUCAAAUAGCCGACACAGAUAAAAAGCCGACACGGUCAAAUAGCCAACACCUGGAAAAAGCCCAAUAGGAAAACGGGCCGACACGUACCAAAAGCCGACACGACAAAAGACCGACAUCAAAAUGGCCGAUUGGACAGAAGGCCGGCAGACUAUAAAGCAUUUCAAAUGUCGGCCUUUUGCCCUUCUCCCCACCUGUUAUACAGUAGUAACUAUCUUGUUUCACGUUUCACCGGACGUCCUCGCGUACCUCUAAUGGUACCCCCUCACUCAUUUGCUGCAUGCAUUCAUUGUUUUAUAAACUGUAGCUGUAACAGGGGUGCCACUUUUCCGGGAUAUCCCGGAUUUCCGGAUUGGAGAAUCAUAUUUUUUUCCCUUUCCGGAUUCGCAAGAUUUGAGUUUGAAAAUUUCCGGGUUUGCAGUUUAAAAAAAAAAAUUUAGAUCGUUUUAAGCUUGAAAAUUUUGGCAUUGUAAAAAUCGUUUUUAUCGUCAACACUCCCGCUAAUGACCUUUUCCGAAAAAAAUGAAUAGUAAAUGACGUCAGCAACAAUCUCACGCGUGCGCCAAGGACCAAAUACAAAUGGGCUGUAUCAGAUGGGUGAGGCUGUAGACGGAACUUUUUGAUGUCAGUCGUGGUGUGGUUGUCUGGCUAUUUAUGACUAUAUGGGUUGGGGGUAAAACUCGCAUUAUUUACGUGAUGUCAUCAAUGGGAUAUCGCUAGGCUGUGUAAUAAAAACAACUAAAUCCUACAAUUACUAGAUCUAGCUCACUAGCAUCGCCGAUCGUCUUUUAAAAAAAAAACAACCGAAAGAUUUUGCUCCGAUCAAAACAUUUUUUUUUGUUUUUUUUGUAUUUGGUAUUACCAAAAGAAAAGAAAAAAAAAACUAUUUGAAGGACUAUUUUAUGUAUGAAAUAGAACUGUGCUGUUUUCACUCAACUUUACCCUCACUUUUUAACCACCUCUUACCCGCUUCUUCAAGGUCGCUCUGACCGUAAGACCUACGUCACGAGACCACGCAAACACAGUCUGAGUCGUGUCUCUCGGUCAAGGCAGUUCUACAAGUACAAGCGCUGUUUAAUUUUAACGUGGUUAUUUUUUUAAUAAGGGACUUCUUCUAGAUUCAAGAAAAAAAACUAGAACUGCAUCGUUUUAUAUCAUUAAACAAAAUAUGUAGGCCUGCUAUAAUUUAGUUACACAAUCUAGCAGGGUCUACAUCUAAUUUUUUUUUACUUUGGUAAAACGUCAUUGAAAUGUUUAAAAAACCUUGAAGUACCGCGUCUGAGAAAAUAGCCGCUAUCACUGCCCCCUCCCAACCGCUUGUAAAAAAAAAAUCAGCUUUUCACUUAGUCGGGCGGCUACAUCUCUGACAUGAGUAUUACUAGCGUAGUUACUUCUAAAAUUAUUUUUAAAAUUAACUUAAUUUUGUUAUUCCGCGACAUGAACUUAAAACUUCCACGAUAUUUCACGAUCAUGUAUAUCAAAGGUGGGGGCA